AUGGCGGCGCCAGUCGACGAUUACCCAAUGGGAAUGCGCUUCAACCCAACCGACGAGGAGUGCUGCCGCUACCUCGUCGGCACCGUCACCGGAAACCCCGUCGCCGGCCACCACCUCGUCAUAUCAGCCGGCGACCUCUUCGGUGAAAAGGAGCCCUGGGAGUUCUUCUCCGCCGAAGACGAACACCAAGAGCGCUAUUUCUACACGCGCCUCAAAAGGGUCGCCAAGAACAACGCCAGUAGUAGUAGUAGUAGUAAUCAGCGCUAUUCACGCAACAUCGGGAAAGGCACGUGGUCGAACAAGGGCCAGCGGGUGUUGAUCCACGGGGAGGAGCGAGGCGAGUUGCUGGGCUACAAGCGGGCCUUCCGUUACGUGCCGAGGAAAGAAUGCUCGGGUGCCGAUCGUUUCGGUGAGUGGAUUCUGAAGGAGUAUAUGGUUCCUGAUCACGAGUUGGGGCAAGUGAAACCGGAGUUUAAGGAUUACGUGCUUUGCCUUCUCAGGAAGAAGAACGAGAAGAAUAAGAAGAAAAGGAAGAGUGGGCCGGGCGGUGGACUUGGUGAAUCGGAUAGUGGGCCGGACGAAAGCCGGGGAUUGGCUUACUUGCUCUCGACUUUGGGCGAUCAAAGUAGGCCGGCUGGUCGAUCGGAGGGUCGUUCAGCCCAUGCACAACAACCCGGAUGUGGGAAUAACGUGAAUAAUGGAGGAUAUUUUGGUCAUGGUUCGGGGGAGAAUGUUGGUUAUGUGGUGUUGGAAGACGAUAAUUUGCAAGAGCUCAUAAGUUUCGACAUGGACAACAAGGAGUCGGUACGGAGUCUCGACGGUUUGUUUGUGGGUUCGGUUCGGUGUGGUGAUAAAGAAGAAGAGUAUAUCACAUACUCAUUUUGGCCUCAAUUCAACUGA